AUGGUUAGAGCUCAGGCAGACAGGUUAAUAGCUGUGACGGAGCUUGCAGAGAGCGUAGAAGACCAGCAAAAAGAGGUAGACAUUUCAUCAGGUGAUUUAGAUGAGGAGAAAAAAAGAUGGCUGAUCGUUGGGAUCUGUCUUCAUUCAAUUAUAUCUCCUCUGCUAAGAAAGUAUGUUGAUCCUAUUCUUAGUAACUUGUUUAGUUCUCUAGUAGCCAGCGACUUCAUUGAUACACAGGGAUACAAUAGAUAUUUAAAGAAAUAUCCAGCAACAAAUCGAUAUUUUCUUAAUUAUGAAUCAAUAAACAACAACAGGAGCGUACCAAAGAAGAAGAUCAACAACAAAUGGAUAAAUGAUUACCAAGCAUAUGAUUACAAAGUGACGAGCCAUGUCGAUUUAUCAAAGUUGUUCCUACAGCCAAGUAUGGCUCAUUACACCGCAAUUGAUGAGUCAUGUGACUCGUCUGCUCUGCUUGGUAUGGUCGUCAACAUCAGUUCAUUUCAAUUAGCUGUGCAAUUUGAUGCAGAAAAGAUACGAUCAGACAUACGUAAUCCAUGGGCACAUUGUGACUUCACAGAAUGGACGACAGCAAAAUAUACAGAUUCCUUCCAGCUGAUGGAACAACUUGUUAAGGACCUUGGUCUUUAUAACAGAGAGGAGAACAGAGUUUUAGGAGCACUGAACACUUGGGCAACAAAUGGUCAGAAUUUUCUAAGUGGUACAGUUCUUGGUUUAGAGAUUGUAAAUGACAUACAUCACCAGACAAGUAUUCUUAGUGAAUAUGUUCUGACUUUGUGUACAGAGACAGACAGUCAAUUUGUUAAAGUGCAACAAGAGUUAAAUGAUUUAGAAAUCAGUUUACAGGAGAGGAUGAGAAAUUUAGAAAAGAAAUCUAAGAAGCAAGGCGAAGAAUUAAAUAACUUAAAGGAAGAAAUGAGAAAACAAGUAGAAGAUCAUAUUCCAAACCAUAUACGAGUUCAACAUGGAAAUGAUAUAAGCGAAUGGGAGCAAGAUCAAACUACAUUUGUAAAAACACGAGCAACACAUCACAUCCUAUGGUCUUUAUACUUAGAUAACUGUAUUGUUGUGACAGGAAGCUCGGGUUGUGGUAAAUCAGCCAACAUUCACCAUGCUGCUUUAAUUUUACGUGAUGAAUUUCAAUAUGAGAUAAUACCUGUUUUAGCUGGACCAACAGACAUUAUAAAUUAUUAUAAUGAGAACAAAAGACAAGUUUUUGUUGUCGAUGACAUAUGUGGAAAGGAAACGAUCAACAGACAGACUUUACUGAUGUGGAGAGAUUAUUCAGGAAAAAUGGAGAAAAUAUUUAAAACUGUAGAAAAUGAAAAAGAGAGCAUAGAUAAUUCAAAUAUGUCAGAUCCAAAAUUACUCAUUUCUUGCAGACUGCAUAUAUAUAAGGAAUCCCAGUUUCAACAUAUCAAAUUACUCACAAGAAAAGAAUGCAAUUUAUUAUCAUCAGAUUUGUGCCUGCUAGAAAAAGAAAGAUUGCUUAUGCUGCAAAAAUACCAUCCGAGAUACAUUAUUGAAAAAGUGAUACCAGUCAUCGAGAAUGUUGAUUUCUUUCCCUUGCUCUGCAAAUUGUCAAAAAACAAAACAUCUGAAGAAACAAUUAAACUUUUUACUGCUCCUUUGUUUAGUAUUAGAGAGAACAUCAAAUACAUCAUUUCUGAAAACAAGGCACAAUUUUGUGCUCUUGUUCUUUGCAUCUAGAUCUUAUUUGAUAAUGGAUUUGAUACAGAUUGGUUGAAAUUAAAAUUAACUCCAGAGACGAAAAAAAGCAAACUUGUAGACAUUGUUCAAGAAUUUGAAAUUGACAUAAAAAAAGAGAUAUCCAGAAAUACUCUAAAAUCCGGUUUUACUACGUUAGAAGGUACCUUCAUAAAGAGAAGAGGAACAGAGUACAGAAUGAUUCAUGACAAAAUCGAUAAAAUGGCCUCUGUAAUCUGUGGCAAACAUCUUACAGAAAGUUUUAUAACUUACGCUCCUUCAAUAUUUAUUCGUGACCAUUUCACUUUUGAAUCUGAAGAAGAUGAUGGUCUCAUAUAUCUUUCAGACGAUCAAGAAGAAGAGUAUUUCAACAGAUUACUUAGAGACUUAAGGGAUUUCGACAUUACCAGUACAUUUCAUAAUAAACAGUUAAUAUCUCAAUCAUUUAUUGAUAAAUUAAUCAAUUUUUUGGAGAUGAGUGAUGAGGCAAAGUCAUUGCUAAAAGAACUUGAUACUAAGGGUUGCGACUUGAUAGUGGGAGAUUAUUAUAGACCAUUUAAUACAACUCCUUUGAUAGAGUCAGCGGCGGGUGGUUACUUCAAUAUAGUUCAUUUUCUGAUUCAUACGGUAAAAUGUAAUGUAAAUAAAGUAGACGGAAGAGACAAAACACCAUUAUAUAAGACAUCACAAGAUGGAAAAACAGAUAUUGUCAACUUAUUGUUACAGAACAAUGCGGAUGUUUCUUAUCUGAACGUUGUUGGUGAAUCUGCAUUGUAUGUGGCC